AUUCUUCAGCCCGAGAUUACCAUGUACCUUAUCAACCUUUGUCGGUACGAUCCCGACCCGCAAAUUCGGUACCACACUGCCAAGGCGAUGGGCGCGUACAUCAGCGUGGCGUAUGGCCAACUCGCGCAUGCGUCUGGCAAGACGAAGAAGCCCCUUGGAGGAGAUCAGGAUGCGACCGCCCGAGGCAAGUAUAUCGCGAUUGCCGCAUUCCGCGCACCGUUCAGGACGGAGCACCGGGAUUGCGGUGCAUAGCCAAUGACUUGCGGAGAGACAUGGAUGCUCAUGCAAGGAAUUCGCGGCCAACCAGACGACACCUCGGACGAAGAAAUGGAGACCGACGCCGCCGACGGCAAGAAGCGGACUCGGUCUGACAGGCGGAGCUCAAAGCACGCCUGGAAUGAGAUCCGCUCCCUCUUUGAGAACCACCCAGAAUGCACGGAUGCGCUCUGGAAGCUGCUCAACGAUUCAAUGGCGGACCAUCGGCGUCGGGCAUGCCUGCUCCGUCUCUGCGAGAUGACCUUCGAUCCCUCGAUGGAUACAUCCACGGCGGCUGCGCCGCUUCCAAAGCUCAAGAUUACGAUGCGACCGAGUGCACCGCAAACGUCGCUGGACGAGAGCUCGAGCGAGGACGAGGCGCCGACGAUCUCGAAGAAAAUCAAGCUGAAUCACGACUCGUCGGCACCAGCCGAAAGGGCCAUCGCACAGCCUUCCAAAGCUGUGGCAAAAUCUGCAGGCCACAAGCAAUCUUCGGUGGCUACAGUAACCGGCAUCUUAGACACCAAGCAUGUCCCUCCGAUUUCCAUAACGAUCAAGCCACCUGCACAAAAGCCACACGUUUCAGAGUCGCUUCCGGCCCCAAAGAAGACAUCGGACGCCAAGAAGGAGCGGAGGGAGCCGGCGGCCUCAAGCAAGGACACAUUUAUGCCGACGGCCGCGACGGCAGCGACGGUAUCACAGACUGCCCCUGCUGCGGCAUCGGUUCUCUCUCCCACUGCACUUUUGCCGACAAAAACCACUCCCGCUAUCGAUGCAAGCUUCGCUGCCUGUGUGUCCAAGAUGCUGCAGCGUCUACGCAACCAUGUGUCGGUGGGUCCCUUCAUCCACCCAGUCGACGAGGCACACGCACCGCUGUACUAUCAGACUGUGAAGGUCCCCAUGGAUUUAAUGACCAUCGAAAAGAAGAGCGCCAGCGGCGCCUACGAAAACAGCGUCGAGAGAGUCAUCGACGACGUCAACUUGAUCUUCUCCAAUUGCUUCCUGUACAACACCGACGACAGCCCAGUUUCAAAGCAAGCCAAGAAGCUGCAGGUGUUCUUCAACGAGGCUGUCAAGACCGAGAUGCUCAAGACCACGACCGGCAACCCAACCGCCUCGCCUGCUCCCCUCAGCACCGAGCCCCGUGUCGUUGAAUCCAAAAAGCCAUCCAAGCAGACCGGAUUGUCCGCAGACGCGAUUCGCAAGUGCCAAAAGAUCCUGGUGACACUCCAGUACCACCCCGAGGCGUACUGGUUCAAGAUGCCGGUGAACCCCGAGCUGCAGGGAAUACCCGAUUACUUCACGAUCAUCAAGGAGCCCAUGGAUCUGUCCACGGUUCGCAAGAAGUUGGUCCGCCUCGAGUACACAAAUGCGGAUGCAUUUGCAUACGAUGUUCGCCUGAUUUUCUCCAACGCACUGCUCUUCAACGGGCCCCAGUCGGCUGUUUCGAUCAGUGCCGAGAACGUACGAGCCACGUUCGAUAAACUAUGGCGAGAGCGACCCGAGAACUUCUUUCCCAAGAUCCUUGGGAACCCAGCCGCCGCUGGCCGUGAUGGAGAGCGCAUCCUUGUCGGCCAACUCACUCUGCACGACUAUGAGCUCGCCCAGCAGAUACUCGACAAGCUCGAGGCCCACGCCGGGUCCCUGCCGUUCCUCGAUCCUAUUGAUGCUACGCUCUUUGUGACCUAUGCCGAAGUCAUCAAAAAGCCAGUGGACAUAUCUACGAUCCGCGAGCAGCUCGAGAAUGGGGUCUACAAGAGCCUUGGUGCCGUUGAGAACGACAUCAAGCUCAUAUUCGAGAACUGCAUCAAGUUCAACGGCGCUGAUUCUGAGCUUGGCAAGCAGGCGGCCACGCUCAAGACCUUCUUCCGAAAGCAGUGGAGGCUGUUGCUAUCGCCCAAGCCCACACCGACUGACUCUGUUUCCAGCGCUAAGCCCGCGACGCCUGGCAAGCCCACUGUCCAUAAACCUAUUCCUGGAGCCAAGCCGGCGCCUCCUGCCACCCCUGAGACAAGCACUCCAUCCGCGUCGCAUUCGUCUGCGACCGCUUCUGCGUCGGUCCCGAUUAAGCUGUCGCUGGCGACACCCAAGACGAUCAAGGUGGUGGUGAACAAGAAGGACGAGCAGGUCGAGAGCAGGGCGACAUCGGAGCUGCCCAAGAAUCACUCAUUGCCACCACCGCCCAGCCCGCAUCCAGCUGCAGCCUUGCCCAGUGCAUCCAAUAGCACAUACUCUACAAGCAGCGAGCUCACUCCGGCAGCAUACAAGUUGGCUGGGAAGCUUCUCAAGAAGCUCAUGUCACAUCCGUCGGCAUCGCUCUUCUUGGAACCCGUAGAUCCCAUCGCGCUUGGUAUUCCGCAGUACCUGGAAGAGAUCAAGCGGCCCAUGGAUCUCGGGACCAUCGGCAAAGCCCUUGCGCGACAUGAAUUCAAGACCUAUGGCCAGCUGCACGCCGAUCUGCAGCUGGUCUUCGACAACUGCUUCCAGUUCAACCGGCCGGGCGACUGGGUCUACUCCCAAGGAAAGAACCUCGAGGCGUUCUUCCACGAAGAAUGGCGGACGUUUUUCGGAGACCUGUCGAAGGGCGGAUCUGUCAAAUCCUCGUCUUCGAUCAAAGUGGAGCAGUCCAGUGCAGUUUCUGCGGCCAGCACCACGGGCGACAACGGCACCUCGACGGAGGGUCUGGACAAUGUGAUGAAGCGCAUUCUAGAGAUGCUGAAGCAGCACGCAGAUGCCCUCAUUUUCCUGAUGCCAGUUGAUCGCUCGCUGUAUCCCGAUUACGACGCAAUCAUCAAAAAGCCCAUGGAUCUGGAAACUAUGGGACGAAAGCUUGCCCAGCACGCGUAUCGAACCUUGGGAGAGUUCGAAGCCGAUUUUACUCUAAUGAUCACAAACUGCUUCAAGUACAACGCGCCAAACAGUCUUGGAUACAAGGCAGGGCUGUCGCUGCAAAAGUACUUCUCCAAGGAAUGGAAGAAGGCCGCCUCUGGGCUCGUUGGCGUCAAGCACGAGUCGCCGCAGCCGGCUGGGGGCAUGCCUUCGCCAUCGGUUAAAGCCAAGCGCGCCGAUGCUGCUGGUACACCAAAGCCCAAAGCCAAGGGCUUUGGCCAACCCAUCCAGUCCGAGUUUUGUGAAGGUACCAUCAAGAAACUGCUGCGGCACGCAUUCUCGGUUUCAUUUGCACAGCCGGUGCCAAAGGACACGCCUGGGUACUAUGCUCUGAUCAAAAGGCCCAUGGAUCUCGGGACGCUUCUGGCCAACCUCCGAAGUGGCCAGUAUGCGACCCAGACAGACUUCCAUGCGGAUAUGAAGCUCAUCUUCCAGAACUGCUACCAAUACAACAUGCCGGGCACGGACAUUGUCAAGUGCGCCGAAUUCCUGGAGCGGCUCUUUGAUGAAACGUGGGCCUCUCAGCCGACGCACCCAGAAGCUGCGUCGACACCAUCCAGAGAAAGCACCCACAAGGAGGCGGAUCGGAGCCACACAAAGCCCAAAAAAGAGAAGAGUGAAAAGAAGCACAAGAAGGAAAAGCAUGCACACAGAGACCAUCUCGCAGAUGGAGGGCUCUCUAGCGGCGGCGAGGACAUGCCACAGCACGGCGGAAGCAACGGCAAUGACCACAGCAACAGUAGCGGCGGUGGCAGUGGCAGCGGUGCCGCAUCAGGCAGCCAGCGCGAUGGCCCAAUGCUCAAGCUGACCCUCAAGUUGUCCAGCAAGUGAUCCUCGCUAGCGCUCUGCUCAGAUGCCGAUAGCUGCUGAGGCGACACUGGCUGGUGGACACUGGCUGGUCGACAAUCGGACCAGCUCUACACUCGGGCAAGCCCGCACACGUGGUCGAUAAUAUGUGACUUGACAUCAAUUCUCUGACGCAGAAUCACCCGAAACACCACAGAGUUCACCGUGGACGUGAGUGUCGCGGGGUGCGGCGUCAUACAACAGGGAAUCAGCAGA